UCAUGGCAAUGGGAGCAAAAAGAGGGCGUUAAAGGUUUAUUCCGAGUUGUUUCUGGGUGGUGGCUGCUGUCUGUUUAACUGGAACUUUUCUCGCUAAGUAAAAGGCAGUUUGUUAACUCAGUUUACACAGGAAGUUCUCAUAAUACGGUUUGAUUUACUGUAGGGAUUUUGCUGUUGUUGUGAAGGCGGUUUAACUCCAGUGAGAGAGAGAGAGAGAGAGAGAUAUAUAUAUAUAAAUAUAAAUAUAUUUAUUUGUUUAUUUCUUUAGUCUGGUCAACUAGCAGUGACAUGCAGGCCAUAAAGUGUGUGGUGGUCGGAGACGGGGCAGUCGGAAAAACAUGCCUUCUGAUCAGCUACACCACCAACGCCUUCCCCGGAGAAUACAUCCCCACAGUGUUUGAUAAUUAUUCUGCAAAUGUGAUGGUAGAUGGGAAGCCAGUGAACUUGGGGCUGUGGGACACAGCAGGACAGGAGGACUAUGACAGACUCAGGCCUCUCUCCUAUCCUCAAACGGACGUGUUUUUAAUUUGCUUCUCGCUGGUGAGCCCUGCCUCGUUUGAGAACGUCCGUGCCAAAUGGUAUCCUGAGGUUAGACAUCACUGCCCCAACACCCCAAUGAUUCUUGUUGGGACCAAGAUCGACCUAAGAGACGACAAGGACACUAUUGAGAAGCUGAAAGAAAAGAAACUCACCCCCAUUACUUACCCACAAGGCCUUGCUAUGGCUAAAGAAAUAGGUUCUGUGAAAUAUCUGGAAUGCUCAGCCUUAACUCAGCGUGGCCUUAAGACGGUGUUCGACGAAGCCAUCCGCGCAGUCCUGUGCCCACCGCCCGUCAAAAAGCCGAAGCCGAAGUGCCUUGUCCUCUGAAGAGGCCGUUCGUAAAGAACCGUCUGCAGUCUGCACUUGCCUGAGGAGAGAUGUCGGGAACAGUGGGGAGGGAAGAUGUGUUGGGAGAAAGAGGGAAGCAUACCCGUAUGUCUUUCUUAACUAUUGUAAUUCUAAUUAGAAUUGCUUCUCCAAGUCUGUUUUAGGAUCCUAGAGUUUGUCUCCAGGAGAUGGGGACACUUUUCCUCAUUAUGUCCAUUCACCCUUCGUAAUUCCUGCUGCCUUUUAAUAAUGUGUUUUUCAUGUUUAUGUAAAGGUAAACCAAAUGAUCUUUUUUUUUUUCUUUAUUCCAUCCAUGAGAGCCUUUAUAUUUUGUUCACACACUGUUUUUUGUUGUUGUUUUUUUUUUUUUUAUAGAAAAUGAAAACUUGCCAAAAAUGCAAGGCUACCUAAAAUAGCUUUUGCUUAUUCUCUAAACACUAAUUUAAAAAAAAAGUUAAACUCCUUGACUUGUUUACAAGUCCACAAUGUAUAAGUUGCUGACUGCUUAUGAGAUAGAUAGAUAAAGGUUAUUGAUCCCUGAGGGGAAAUUUGGGAAUUGCUUUUAGGAUUUUUUUGUUUGUUUGUUUUAUUAGUAUACUCAUUAUUUAGUGUACAUAUUGGGGUCAAGCAUUUGGUACAUAAAUCUUACACUAGGAGGCAGGGGGGGGAGCACAUUUUCACUGAUUCACUGUCAUCUGAGCACUCUAAAUUACAAAACAGAAUUUGGCUCUAUGCUUAUUAUAAUAUGUGCAGUCAUUGUGAAAGAUGUUUUUAUUGCAACACAGUAUUGUAUAAAGUCUGUAGUUUGGGUGAUAAACGGAUAGAUGUUUUGUAAGCAUAUAGAACGAGAGCUGUUUGUCCAAAAUCUGCUGUCAGUAUGAAAUUCCGUAGUGUAUCUUGGAUAAGCAAGUUUAAUUGAAAUUCCUUUCAACAUUGAGAGGACACAAGAGAACAAAGAUACUUUAAUAACAAGUCGAGAACCAUUCCCAACAGAUGGCUUUAUUUUUUUUUUUCCCCUCUCUAUUUCUUAUGUAAAAUUUCAAUCAUGUCUGAAUUGUUUGUUUUUAGUGUGUACACCACUACACUUCUAAUGUAUUAAUGAAAAACAGUGUCCUCUGUCCCAAGCUUUAAUGAUUUCAUACAAGUGUUAAUCAGUUAGUGAAUUAGUUUCCACUGUCAUGAUUAUGUCUGGUGAAUAGAGAUUUACUUCAUGUCUCUUUGUGCUCCGUUUCUGAAAUGAGAGUUUCUCUCUCUGCUGACGCUUCACGUCAUGUCCGUCACUGGCUGCUCUUCCACUUGUCAAACACAAGCUUAGCAGCGACUGCAUCUUGUAUCCCCAUUCCUGCAUUGCAAAAGAGAAACCAUACUUAAUCCACUUCACUUUACACCCAGCAGCUGAUGAUUUUCUCAACACUUGACUCAUAGUUUUUGCCAGUCGUUUAUAAGCAUGUAUGAGCAACAAGCAGAAACAGAUCUUAGCGAAUAUACUUUAAGUAUGUUUCAUUUCUAAGACUGAAUCAUCACUAGCUGGAAACAGUCAAGCUUUAAAUAGAGCCCCUUUUAUUGUCUCAGGGGAAACAAAAGUAAAUCUCAAGUCAUCUAGCAAGAAAGCAAACAUUAAUGAGACUUAGCAGUUUAUAUUUUCUUAUCAGCAGGAACUCUGUCUACUUAUGAAAAACAGUGCGACUUCUUCCUUGAGCCUAAUUUUGCCUGUCCUAAACGGAAAGUAUUUACCCAGUGACUUAAACACUGUCGUCUUGUUGCGCAACGCAGGUCGAGUUCCAUUUAAAACUUCUCCAAGUUCAGCAAAAACUUCUGCCUGGAGGAACACCAAAAUUAGAUUCAGAUUAACCCUUGAAGUUAAUACAUUUAUUUUUUUCCGCAGGCAUGUCCCCAGAACAAACUGGCAAGAAGUGGAGUUUGUGCUUAAAUGUUUAAAACUAAGUGCGUAUUCAAUCAUGAGUACUGGUGAAAGUGAUUACUACAGAUAUUAUUGCUGUGAUUCCAAACAGGACAAUAAAGUUAUGAUUAAGAACA